CCUGCCAACCACGAGGAGUCCAGGGAGGAAAAGUGGAGCAUAGGCGCCUAUAACCCACGCUUCCCACGCCUUUUCCAGCCCGAGAUCGCCCAGGCAGGGAUGGGCGACAAGAUCUGGCUGCCCUUCCUGUUGGUCUUCUUGGCCUCUCUGCUGCUGCCUGGGGCGGCCGGCUUCACGCACUCCUUAGACAGCGACUUCACGUUCACUCUUCCGGCCGGCCAGAAGGAGUGUUUCUACCAGCCCAUGCCCCUGAAGGCCUCGCUGGAGAUCGAGUACCAACCACCCCACCACCCUCACUCAAUUCCGGUUUUAGAUGGAGCAGGAUUAGAUAUUGAUUUCCGUCUUGCCUCUCCAAAAGGAAGAACCUUAGUUUUUGAACAAAGAAAAUCAGAUGGAGUUCACACGAUAGAGACUGAGGGCGGUGACUACAUGUUCUGCUUUGAUAAUACAUUCAGCACCAUUUCUGAGAAGGUGAUUUUCUUUGAAUUAAUCCUGGAUAAUAUGGGAGAACAGGAGCAAGAACAAGAGGACUGGAAGAAAUAUAUUACUGGCACAGAUAUGUUGGAUAUGAAACUGGAAGACAUUCUGGAGUCCAUCAACAGUAUCAAGUCCAGACUAAGCAAAAGUGGUCAUAUCCAAACUCUGCUUAGAGCAUUUGAAGCUCGUGAUCGAAACAUACAAGAAAGCAACUUUGAUAGAGUAAAUUUCUGGUCUAUGGUUAAUUUAGUGGUAAUGGUGGUAGUGUCAGCCAUUCAAGUAUAUAUGCUGAAGAGUCUAUUUGAAGAUAAGAGGAAAAGUAGAACGUAAAACUCCAAAGUAGAGUACUUAACAUUCAGAAAAAAAGGGACAGAAAAAUGCAAUAAACUGUUACGGUCAAGACCAUUAAUAGUUGUUUGCAAAACGUUUUCAGGCAUUACCAUAAGUGUGAAAUAAAUAUUAAUUUUAACAUGAAAGGAAAGUCUUCACUUUCAUCUGUGCAAGUAAUCUUAUUGUUCCAGUUGUACUUAAGUGUAUAACAAGUAUUUUGCAGGUAUAAAUGAAUGAAGCCAUAUUAAUAAUGGCAGUUUCCUACGUUUGAAAAAAUUUUGCAAAUGUCAUAGGUGAUUUAAAUAAAUGAACUUUGGGCCUAAAUGUAACACUGAACUAUGUUUUUAAAAGAUUGUUACCCAGAAGUUUCUUUGUAAAUGUGGCAAUUACAAAUUAACUGUAGAAGUUUUUCAAUAUAUUAAGUUAUAAAUCAUCUGAGAAUUACCUAAUCAUGGAUAUCUUUAGAAGACAAAGACUCAACUUUUCUCUUUUUACAUAUGU